CGGGAGACAGACAGCGGGGAUCGAUAACAAACCGGACUCGGUGUAAAUCCAUGACUGAAAUAAGAAACAGAAAGCUGGCUUCUUAUCUACUAUAAGCCAGUAUCACAGGCAAGAAAGUCAACACAACCGGGAGCAUGGAAAGAAAAAGUGCACCUGUGAAGUGCAUUUUCAACAAGCCCCAGACAGUCCGUGGUCUUGGCAGCAACCUUCACACAGAUUGGAAUGCCAGCCACUCCCGGGCUGGACGGUCACUCCUGACCAAAGUGCAACGCAGCAGGCACAAGCAUCUCUACGACACCAACCAUCAAAUCAGGGCCAAGCCUGAUUUAAACACAACACUACCAGUUCGACAGACAGCAUCCAUCUUUAAACAGCCAGUGACCAAGGUGACAAAUCACCCCAACAACAAGGUGAAGGCAGACCCACAGAAAGCUGUCGACCAGCCCAAACAACUUUUCUGGGAGAGGAAGUUGAGCGGGUUAAAUGCAUUUGAUAUUGCAGAGGAACUGGUGAAAACUAUGGAUCUACCUAAAGGUUUACAAGGUGUUGGACCUGCCUGUUCAGAUAAAACGCUGCUUUCUUCUAUCGCCAGCGCACUGCACACCAGCCCCGCACCGGUCACUGGACAGCUCACCGCUGCAGUGGAGAAAAAUCCUGGAGUCUGGCUCAACACAGCGCAGCCUCUCUGCAAAGCCUUUGUAGUGAGUGAUGAUGACAUCAGGAAGCAGGAGGACCUGGUGCAGAAUGUGAGGAGGCGGCUCGAGGAAGCCCUUAUGGCUGACAUGUUGGCUCAUAUAAAGGACUCCACUGCAGACGCAGCAGCCAGUGAAGCAGAAGAGAAGGUUGAGCAGGUGGACAAGGAGGAAUUAAAGCCAAGGCUUGUUUGACAUGAGGUUUGCUGGUAAAGUUGUUUCAUUCUCAAAUAAUUGGCUCCAUGAAGAUUUUUUUAUACACUUUUAAUUGAAAUAGAUCCUUAAAGCAGACAUUCUGCAGAUUUUGUUAACCUAAACGAAGACUUUUUUCUUUAUUUUUAUUAUCAUUAUUAUUAUUAUUAUCUUUUUUUUACAUGUGGCCAUUUAAUCCUGAAAGGGUGCUUUGAGUUUCAAUUUUCAGUUCAUUUUUACCUCUACUAAUCUAUGACAGAUGUGGAUGGUGCUCAGAUAACAGCUAUUCAAGCUCAAAGUUAAGAACACAAACCUGAUGUAUGUAAAUGAAAAGUGUGUGUGUGUUUGUUAUAAUGUAUCGGUCCAUGUUGAGAACCUCUAAAUGUGUUUGUUUUUUAUCUGUUCAACAAGAAAAUGUUGCUCUUUUAUAUUUGGGCUCUGGCACUGCAGGUAGUGUUGUGUAGGUUGCAGUAUGUUUACAUGCACACAGCACUUGGGUGGCUGUGAAUAAUCUCAUUUAGCUUGUUUAAAGGUUUUACAGUUCAAAGAAGAGUUAUUUCUAACAAGCAACCUGAGUUUACAUGGUUCUUGUUAAGGCCAUGCUAUUUGCAUGACAGAAGAACUGUCAGUAUUGUUUUUCCAACUACAUUUUUGAGUUUAGAAAAUACAAAAACAAAUACAACGCUGAAGUACCUCAUAACCUGAUGUACUGUACCUCAUUACAAGAUUCAUUGUUUGUCUCUGUCAAAUAAAUG